UUGACAGCUGACAUUUGACAUUAAUAAUUUGGAAAUAUUAUGCCGAUGUAUUAACUAUUAAGUUUUAGUGUAACUUUUGUGUCGUUAAAUAUUGUGAAGCUAAAAUAAAGAAGCGUAAACUAUAAUUGGUAUUAAAAUGGCUUACCCGAAUCAAGGCGAUUAUUCUUGGCAACCUCAAAAUAAUACGCCAAACUAUUCUUUUAACACAACUAAUACAUUUGGAGACUCCCAAACUUUAGAUUUCCAGAACUUCACUGCGGACCAACAGAGUUAUUCUUUUGAACAAGGCCAAAACAUACCUCCCAAUAAUAAUCAAUAUUACAACCCUAACAUAUUUACACCAGCACCAAUACCCGGAGAGACACCAUCAGGAGAAACAUCGGAAUUUGAUGAGCCACCACUGCUUGACGAGUUAGAAAUUUAUCCAGACAGAAUAUUAGAAAAGACAUUAGCGGUACUUAAUCCGUUUCAUGGCCAAUCUAAAGCAGAUGAUGCUAAUUUUUUACUAAGAGAUACUGAUAUAGCAGGCCCUAUUGCAUUUUGUUUAGCUUUAGCAGUCUGUCUCUUUCUUUCGGGAAAUAAGGCUCAUUUUGGAUAUGUAUAUGGCCUAUCAGUAAUGUCAGUUAUCUUGAUGUAUUUUUUACUUUCUUUAAUGAGUCGAACAGAAGGUGUUUUUACUUUAUUGAGUGUUGCUAGUGUACUGGGUUAUUGCAUGCUACCUAUGGUGGUAUUAGCAAGUCUAGGAAUAUUUAUUUCUCUAGAAGGUUCUAUAGGUCUGUCACUUUCAGCUAUAGCAGUCAUUUGGUCUGCUUUAUCUGCAAGUCGUCUAUUUGUAACAAUGUCUGGUGAUUCCGAACAGAGACCACUGAUUGCAUAUCCAUGUGCUUUAGUCAAUGGAGUAUUUGCUCUUCUUGUUCUAUUCUAAUUGUUUUGUAUAAGUCUAAUAAUAUACAGAAGAACGAUUUAAUUAUGAAUACUCUACAUUAAAAUUUUCCUAUACUAUGUUCAUUUGAGACUAUGUAAUAACUAUUAUAAAUUAAAUUAAUAUAAAAUAAA